AUGAGCUCCUCAAGGGCUGAAGUUCAAGCGGAAGGACAUGGGGUCUACAUGGUACAGGAAGUCAUCCAGCUAUUAGAGGCAGCCGGUCAUGUCUGCUGUGUGACUGGCGUCAAAGCACUGAGGUACUACGGGGCCAGCCGUGUCUCGAAUGAAUGGCGAAUAUGCGUACCUGACAGCGGAUUCCCAGCGGCAACGCAACUCAUUGACAGCAAGCCUGAGAAGUUCGAACGAGUGGAGCCGCCAAUGCCCCAGCUCAGAUCACUAAUACACACUUAUCCACGGUAUCGAUGUACGCAGGAGGACCGCAAAACACUGGGCUUUUACAUCAUGCCGUCAUCCGAAGACUUUCUCCGAGAUUUGGGUGACGACGCAAUUGAAUGGAGCGCGAACAAUAUCCCAUAUCCUAAGCUGGAAGUCUUCGCUCAGAAUCUGGUCUCUAUCCAAAAAUGGGACCAUUUGACAGCACUUGUCGACGGCAUGGAUCUGAGUUUGGAAUGGGGUCAACAGCAUCUCCGCUUGGGCACGCUCUCGGAAGAGGAGGUAGAGUAUACCAGGGCGAAGAUGGAGAAGUACGCAGAGUCGAUGGUACGUCUUGGACGAUUGGACACCCGCUCAACAGGUGGCCUUACGAUCGACGGGCUAGACAAGGGUCAGAUGUGGGCGAUCAUCGUGAGUCGAAAGCAGCAAAGAGCCGGCUGUCACUAUAAUGUGGCCAAAUGGAAGACAAAAUUCAGGAGAAAGGACUCUGGUGACCCACGACUUCAGCAAGACAGACCAGUUUGA